ACUGAGGACACCAGUAGCUGCCGCUGCUGUUAAGGCUGCAGUUCCGCUCCAGGCCUGAUGGCGCUGUUCGUUUUAGGCAGGUUUUAAUACGACGGUUCAAAAACCUUCUUUGACAAUUCCUUUGGCAUUCAAAAAAAGAGACCGACAAAAGAGCGAGGAGAGUCAAAUCUCGAAGGUCAAAGUUGAGGGCCAUGGCUCGCGGGCAGCAGAAGAUUCAGUCUCAGCAAAAGAACGCCAAGAAGGCAGCAGAGAAGAAGAAAGGCCAGGCCGCUGACCAGAAAACUGCAGCGAAGGCCGCACUGGUCCACACCUGCCCCGUCUGCCGGACACAGAUGCCCGACCCCAAGACCUUCAAGCAGCACUUUGAGAGCAAACACCCCAAGUCCCCCAUGCCCCCUGAGCUGGUGGAUGUUCAGGCAUGAAGAACUGCUGACAGGACCCGAUCCACAAUGACCAACGACUAAACAUUGAAUCACUGCGCCUGAAGGAGGUUGAUGACGAACACUGGGACCCAUCAGUAUUCAUGGACAAAAAAUGUUGGGAUGGAGGGAGGGGGUGGAAGUGCUGUGUACGUACAUGUGUGUUUGUGUAAGAGAAAACAAUAGCGAUGGGGCAGAAGUACACCAGCACCCCACUUUUAUAUUUAUUAUGUACAACUACCUUGCUAUUUCACAUGGGGGAGGGUACCUGCAAGAUUGCCUGCUAACACUGAAUAAAAAUUUCUUGUGACUAAUUACUGGGAGAUGUGAUGAGUCUGAAAAAGCUACAAUGGGAUGUAAAAAAAAAAAAAAAAAAAAAAAAAAGACAUAUUUUUUAACAAAUGGCACAUUUAAGACCCGACUAUAUAUUUAAUCAGUCAUCUACAGUGGGCGUGGCACUAUUGUUGGGUAAAAACCUCGUCACUCCAAUCAUUUUAUUUUCACUUGAGUAGAGGGUAUUGGCAUGAUGUCUCCGUCAUCCGUGCACACCCUCUAUAGAAGAUGAAAUGGGUUUUCAUGAUCAUUGGCCUCUUUAAAUUACUAAAAUCCCAUUGUGUAAUUUUGUUAAUGGUCAAUGUAGAAUAUUAGUUCCUCAAACUAUUUUUUGGAGAUUCAUGGUUUUUGUCAAACAACAUUUGACAUCUUUGCCUCCUCUGUGCUGCUGCUCCACAGGUGUUCACACUCAGUAACACCUUACAACAGUACCUCACUUUAAACCACACAGCAAAUCCCAUAGUAUGUUCUAUUUUCCCUAAAUAAUUAUGCUCACUUUAAUGUCGUCCUUUUUGGGCAUGUCUUGGCAAUAACACCAUCUUUGUCCCACUUCAGUUAAACCAGGACAAGAUUUGCUCUGUGCUCAUUUAUUCUUUCAGCUGUUGGCAGUGUGAUUGUUUAUUGUUUGAAGAAUCUGUUAGUGGCCCCAAGGAUUGAGAGUUAAAGAAAUUAAUUCCGUAACUGCCAAAAUGAUUAAUUCCUGUUUUUGGUUCUUUAUAUAUUUACUAGCAGGCAAAAAAACUCACUAAUUUGCUUUCACUGUAAUACUUUUUUUUUUUUUUUUUUUUUUUUUUUAUUAAACCUUUUCAAUAAAUUGAACAAUGUAUUUAA